AUGGCCGAACUCAAUGGGGAGAAGUGGUCGGCCACGAGUUGGAGGUCUAAGCCCAUCGUCCAAGGUGUGUCCUACGAUGACACAGAAUCUUUCGACAAGGCCGUCCAGAAGCUGCAAACGCUACCACCACUGGUCACACCCCGAGAGAUCGUCAAGCUCAAGAACGAGCUCCGAGAAGUCGCGCUUGGUAAUGCAUUUCUACUUCAGGGUGGUGACUGCGCAGAGCUCUUCGACUACUGCAACCAGGACAUGAUCGAGGCCAAGGUCAAACUGCUACUACAAAUGAGCUUAGUCCUCAUCUAUGGUGCUAAAAAGAAAGUUGUGCGCAUAGCACGAAUGGCCGGUCAGUUUGCGAAGCCACGUUCAUCGCCAAUGGAGACUGUCGGUGGUGUAGAGAUGAACUCUUUCCGUGGUGAUAUUCUCAACAGCUAUGAACCCGAUGUUGAAGCUCGGAGGCCGCAUCCCUCUCGAUUGGUGGACGCCUACUUCCACUCAGCAGCGACACUCAACUACCUCCGCGCAGCCCUGGGCUCAGGUCUGGCCGAUCUCCAUGCUCCUCUUGACUGGUCCCUGGGCCACGUGCUAGACCCUUCGGUUCGGACCAAAUACCAAAGCCUUGUCUCCAGGAUCAUCGACACCUUGGACAUGCUCCGUACCAUUGGCCUCGACUCCUCACGCAACCUCGAAACUGUCGACCUUUUCACGUCACACGAAGGUCUCCUCCUUGAGUACGAGGAAUCCCUCACCCGCCAAUUCAAACACCCUGCCAACGCCAUACCACCUGAUACUCUCAGCUCACCAACGCCCGCCCGGCGGAAAACCUCCACAAACCGUCGACCUUCAACAGCAGCCCCCAACACCGGCCACUACAACACCUCCGCCCAUUUCAUCUGGAUCGGCGACCGCACCCGACAGCUCACGCACGCGCACGUCGACUUCUUUCGGGGCAUUGCCAACCCCAUCGGCGUGAAAGUCGGCCCUUCCAUGCCCGCCGGCGACCUAGUCCCACUCCUCGACAUCCUCAACCCAAAUCACGAAAUCGGCAAAAUCGUCCUUAUCACCCGCUACGGCUACGACAAGAUCGCCACGCACCUACCCGGCCACAUCAAAGCCGUACAAGCCUCCCAGCACGACGGCACGGUGGUGUGGCAGUGUGACCCCAUGCAUGGCAACGGGCGCAACGCCACGGUAGAAGCUGCCGACGGCAAUGGCAAGCCCGCCACCUUCAAGACUCGCCGCUUCAGCGACAUUUUGAGCGAGCUACAGCAGGCACUACAGAUCCACCGCUCACUCGGGAGCUAUCUGGGCGGCGUGCACCUGGAGCUGACAGGUGAGGCCGUCACCGAGUGCGUUGGCGGCGCGGAGAAUCUACGCGAAGAAGAUCUCAGUCUCAACUACACAACCUUCUGCGAUCCGCGACUGAACGAGAAGCAGGCACUGGAGCUGGCCUUCCUGGUGGCGGGAUUCUACCGGGAAGACCUGGAGGAUGAAUAA